GGCCGGGGGCCCGCGGGCGGGCCGCCCUCCUCGCCGCAGCCCACCCCCCUCUUAAAGCGGCGGCGGGAAGAUGAAGCUUCGGGAGUCGCUCCUGGGCGGCAGCGCCGCGAUGCCGGGCGCGUCCCUGCAGCGGGCCUGCCGCCUGCUCGUGGCCGUCUGCGCGCUGCACCUCGGCGUCACCCUCGUGUACUACCUGGCCGGCCGCGACCUGAGCCGCCUGCCCCAGCUGGUCGGGGUCUCCACAUCGCUGCAGGGCGGCUCGAACGGCGCCGCCGCCAUCGGGCAGCCCUCCGGGGAGCUCCGACCGCCAGGCGCCCCGCCGCCGCUGCCUAGGGGCGCUCCCUCGGAGCCGCGCCCGGGGCGCGUCUCCCGCCCGGACGCGGACUCUCGCCCCGGGCCCGGCCCCGCGCGCAACCUGACUUUGGCUUCCGUGUCCCCCAGCACAGCACUGUCGCUGCCCGCUUGCCCCGAGGAGUCCCCGCUGCUUGUUGGCCCCAUGCUGAUCGAGUUUAACGUGGCUGUGGACCUGAAGCGUGUGGCAGAAGAGAACCCGGAGGUGAAGGUGGGCGGCCGCCACACCCCCAAGGACUGUGUCUCUCCUCACAAGGUGGCCAUCAUUAUUCCAUUCCGCAACCGGCAGGAACACCUCAAGUACUGGCUCUAUUACUUGCACCCGAUCCUUCAGCGUCAGCAGUUGGACUAUGGCAUCUACGUUAUCAACCAGGCUGGCGAGUCCACGUUCAACCGUGCUAAGCUCCUCAACGUGGGCUUUCAAGAGGCCUUGAAGGACUACGACUACAACUGCUUCGUGUUUAGCGACGUGGACCUCAUUCCAAUGAACGACCAUAACGCCUACAGGUGUUUUUCGCAGCCUCGGCACAUUUCUGUAGCGAUGGAUAAGUUUGGAUUUAGCCUCCCUUACGUUCAGUAUUUUGGAGGUGUCUCUGCUCUAAGUAAACAACAGUUUCUCACCAUCAAUGGAUUUCCUAAUAACUACUGGGGCUGGGGAGGUGAAGACGACGACAUUUUUAACAGAUUAGCUUUUAAAGGCAUGUCUAUAUCUCGCCCAAAUGCUGUGGUCGGGAAGUGCCGGAUGAUCCGCCACUCAAGAGACAAGAAAAAUGAACCCAAUCCUCAGAGGUUUGACCGAAUUGCACACACAAAGGAGACAAUGCUGUCUGAUGGUUUGAACACGCUUGCCUACCAGGUGUUGGACGUACAGAGAUACCCGUUGUAUACCAAAAUCACAGUGGACAUCGGGACACCAAGCUAGCAUUUUGAUACACUAAUAAGAGACCUGAAAAUGGCCAGGGACCUCUGCCGUGUGUCUCUGCCAGUCUGCUGGGCUGGUCCCUCUCAUUCUUCCCCAUCAGAGUGAUAGGGCUCCUCUCUCAGCUCAUCACUCAGAUGUCUUUCCAGAUGACCAGGACGAGCGGGAUAUUUUGCCCCCAACUUGGCUUGGCACGUGACUUCUUAGCUCUGCGAGGUGUUUGUAAGUGUAGGAACCAUCAGCCUUUGGGGGGUUCUCGGCAUGUUCACAGUCUCCCCAAAGAAUCAGAGCUGUACACAGCCCGAAAUUGGGUGACUGUGGGACUCAUUCCUGGUGGUAAACUGCUCAUUUAUUGUGAAAUAAGUAAGAAUUUUGCUUUAAAUUGUGAUAUUCUCACUACUUUAUGAAAAGUUGGAGAGUGCUGCUGAAAUUGGAUUGGUGUGAUGUUUUUUGGUUGUCGUAUUUUAACAGAAAAACACACGAUUGCAACCAAUCUCAUUUUACCCCCUCCCCUACCUUCUUUCAGUGGUAUGCAACUGUUAUAAUCACGGAAUCGCUGUGUGUGUAUGUGUCUUUUCUUAGCAAAAGAAUCUUAAAACUUGAGCCUUGGACCUUUUGCCCUGCUAACGUGUGAAUUCCAGGGCAAAUUUGGCCAUCAGAGCAUAAGCCUUGGGUGUUCUCACAGUCAGUGGCCUUUCUCCACAUUGUCUGAUUUCUGAAUGUAAAGACUUUUUUUAAAUAGCAGUUUGUAGUAUUUUAAAGAAAGAACAAAUCAGGUUCUAAUUAUGAUCUAGCUUGAUUUUGUGUUGAUCCAGAUUUACAUAGCUGUUUAGUGUUAAGUCCUGGCAAGUUGUUGUCCUGAGCAUGCUAUGUAAACUUGAAUUUCCUAUGUAUUUUUAUUGUGGUGUUUUAAAUGUGGGGAGGGGACUGA